UGGAUUUCUAGCCUAUCCUUAAAACCGCCUCUUUGACUCUUGGAUAAGAAUCUCGGUUACUAGCGUGCAAUUUAGGAAAUCUUCCGCGAGACGAGCCGAACUAUCGUUUUACGACUGCUUUAACGAUCAAUAGUGUUUGAUUUUACAAGCAGCCUAUUACUAGGCUCGCUGGAGUUGUUUCUGUAGGUCUUUUAAAGCAGGGUACUAUAUUGGAAUGUUCUAAAAUUGUUCUAGAUUUAAAAAAUGUCUUUUCCUUUGGACAUUUUUAGUUUAUGUCAUGUUAAGGAUUUGUAUUGCAAAGUUUUAAGGGUAGAAACAUAGAAAUAAGUGCAUCAUUUUUGCAUUACCAAAAAAGCAAGCUGCGAAACUUUGGAAUUCCCCUCUUACGCGCGUCUUUCACGCAAUUCGCCCUUACCAUCGUUCCCCUCCUCUACGUCCCAACAUCCUCUACCCCUUCGGGUCAAGCAGCGCUGCGCUGUGUGAGCUUCGGGAACGCACGAGGAUACAUUUUCGUGCGUGUCUUUUUCGUGGAAAAUCGACGACGACGAGAAAGAAUAACGAGGAUUUCGAAAGGCCUGUAUAUAUGUCGGGGAGUCACCGUGAAACCAACGAAAAGCCAAAGUGGCAGGCGUCGUCGUGUCAAGAAAAAAAAGGCGGCAGAAGUUCAAAAAUAUUUGGGAGAUUAGAAAAUCUACACUGGCUACAAAAAUCGGAGCAAAACAAAAGAUCGUUAGAACAACUGCAAGAAACAGUGCUUUUGGCACACAAAAAAAUGGAGAAUAAUUAUGGACAGGGAAAACUAUGCUUCAAAAAUCAGCACCUAAGGAAGCAAAAAAAAAAAAAAAACAGCAAUCUACAGAAAAAAAAGAACAGUGAAUUAAGUGUCGCGCGUGUGAAGGGGAUGAAACCAAAGAGUUGUAGAAGUAGACGUUAGAGGAUGAUGGCGUGGUUGGAGCUUUAAGCUUUGGAUAAGAACGACAGAGAGGCGACGGUACGAGAGUAAAAAGAGAGUUUUUCUUUUCCUUUGGCUCGUAGCCCCCGCCACGGCUUAUCUCCCUAUUAAAUCCAGCAAUUUUAAUACGCGUUUCUCGGCAAUUUCCGUGCUACACGUUCCACCGUCGACUUAGCACCCCUACCUCACUUGAAUAGCUUCUUCUACUCCCUCUCUCCUUAGAGAUCGUUUCUCUCUCCACCCCGUCUGCAUCUACCCCUCUCUUCCUUGCCGUCCUUUAAAUAAACUUUAUUUUUA